AUGGCCACGCAGCUCUUUGAAGGGAAAGGACACGCCGCGGUCUACCAGAAAUACCGCUUCGCUCCCGGCAAGGAGCUGCAGCAGCUCAUCCUCUCCUACGUGGAGGAGAAGAGGACCAGCCCCACGGAGCUGGUAGUGGACGUGGGCUGCGGGUCGGGACAAGGCACCCUCUUCCUGGCGGAGCAUUUCAAGAAGGUGGUGGGAACGGACAUCAGCGAAGCUCAGAUCCAGGAGGGCAGAGACGCGCCCUGCCCUCCAAACUUGUCCUACCUCGUGUGCCCUGCCGAGGAGCUGCCGUUCGAGGAUGGCUCCGUGGACCUCCUCACCUCAUUCACAGCCGCGCACUGGUUUGACAUCGAGAAGUUCAUGAAAGAAGUCGUGCGCGUUGUGAAGCCGCACGGUUGCGUAGCCCUCAGCACCUACACCGUGGACAUGAGGCUGCACUACGGAAACUGCUCCGAAAAGCUGACCCAGAUCUUCGAAGAGGUCAAGGAUCUGAUUUUUAAGUACUCGCACGGUAGAAUAAAGCACGUCUUGGAGAACUAUGAAGAGAUAUUUGAGGCAUUGCCAUUCCGAGACAAGAGGAGAAUCACUGAUAUCUUCGAUAAAAUUCCCAUGACGGUUGCUGGUGUGGUUGGUUACUUGGAGUCUGUCUCUCCAUUUCAAACCUACAUGAAGCAUGACCCUCAAGCUGCAAAAACACUCCUCCAAGAAACUGAAAAGAGGUUCCUGGACACGAUGGGAGUUUCCUCUCGGGAAACCCAGCUGGAGUUCUGGGUAAGGCACGUCUGCGUCCUAGGGUGCAAGGGACCGUGAAAGGAAAACUCUUCGGCUGAUUGA